AUGCUCGGCUCCCUCCGCCGGCUGGGCAUUGAGCCCCGUAUGGACUGGCUAGUAUUCCAUGUUUCUUACGCCUUGCCCGACCAGACGCCCGGUCACGACGAGACCAAGCCCACACUGAAAUACAUCAACACCUGCCCCACCCGUGCUGUGGUAACAUCUGGUCACGUCGAUCAGUUGAGCAUCUACAGUAUUCUCCCUGUUGCAUGCACGACUAUGCGAGUCGUCUGUUACCAGCAUCUGCAGAGCACGUCCGUCUUCCCAAACUCUCGUCCCCGUGCACGGUAUCAAGAUAUUGCCGACUGUGUGCUCCGCGCCCAGGGCAGUGCUCUCAUGUUUCGGUCAACAUGA